CACAGUGCACGCAGACAAAAACCAGAGAGGGGAAUCUCGAACCUACCGCUAAUAAUCAUCCUGCUUCACCAUUUUUCCGUAGAAAAGAAAGAACCCCCUGGAACUGGAAGCACUCAGAGCACAAGCCAAUCAAACGAGCUGCUGGGUUGGUUUCCUCCAUUCGUUCCGUUCAACAUGGCUCUUCAGGUAUGGAUGGUUGGGGAGGACGGCGAGGACCUCGACAACCACAAGGAGCUCCUGCCUCUCUCCAAGCUCCAAGAGAUUGGUGUGUUAUACUGGCAUUUGGACCCAAAGAAGUCUGAAAGUGAGGAAGAGCUAGCGAAGAUCCGCAAAGACAGAGGAUACAACUACAUGGAUUAUCUCGAUAUAUGUCCUGGAAAGUUAGCGAACUUUGAGGAGAAGCUGAAGAACUUCUUCACAGAGCACAUGCAUGCCGACGAAGAGAUCCGCUACUGCUUGGAAGGCGGUGGGUACUUUGAUGUGCGCGACAAGGAUGACAAAUGGGUUCGGAUCUGGAUAAAAGAAGGGGAUAUGAUUGUGCUGCCGGCUGGAAUUUAUCAUCGGUUCACCCUCGACGCCGCCAACCAUGUGAAGCUCAUGAGGCUCUUCCUGGGAGAGCCAGUCUGGACCGCGCACAACCGGCCUCAGGAGGACCAUCCGGUGCGGCAAGAGUAUGUGAAGAGGCUCACAGACGACAAUGCUGGUCUUGCUCUGGCAGCACACUGAAGUUUGUUUGUGAUUCCUCGGCUAUGUAUGUAUUAUAACCACCCAUGGACAUAUACAUACACUUGGAUGAAACCAUGUUGUAAUCUUGAAACCAACAUACAUGCUACAUACUUGUUAUUAUUGACUAGGUAAUUCCCCAUGCGUUGCAACAGGAGCAUAAAUAUUCAGUGGUUCAACACUUAUCGUGUCAAACA